GCGUCAUGAGUAUGGUUUUAGCCUCCGCGAAUAGUAACAGCAUCUGCAUCAGUGGACAUCGACGUGCAAAUAACAGCGCCUCGCUAAAAUCUGCCAUCCUGAUAAUUGCAGUUUAGGAAAACAUGGCAGAGAUUAUUUCGCAAUUCGUGGGCAGCGAGCCCAGGUUGGAGGACGGGCUGGCAGUAAACUGACAAAACCCAGCGCUAAGUCAGUUCUGACAGUGUGAGAACACUGCACAGUAGUUUGUUUAGACGCUAACUACGAUAUAUAUGGUUGUCGGCGGAUUUCAGUGGCUUUAAGUUCAGACACGGAUGUGAGAUGAAGUGACCAGGCCUUUGCUUUGACAGAGCGGGCCAUUAAACUUUAUUCGAGUCUAUGGCAGCGACCAGCUGGUAAACCUCGAAGUUUGGUCCACGACUAAUACUCGGCGGUAUGGCAGGAGCUAAACCCGGGGUUCAUGCCGUCCAACUACGACCAAUCUGUGUUGCAGAGACCUUGGUGAAAGGCGGCAAAUUUGUCAAAUGGGACGAGGGAUCAACUAUGGGAGUGCCUGUGACCCUCAGGGUGGACCCCAAAGGUUACAUCCUCUACUGGCGGGAUCAAAACAAGGAAAUGGACUGCCUGGAUAUUUCAUUGAUCAGAGAUACGCGAACGGGGAAAUACGCCAGGCUUCCCAAGGACCAGAAGCUGAGAGAGUCUCUGUCAAUAGGGCAGCAGGACCAAAUCCUGGAGGACAAAACUUUGUCUGUCUGUUACGGGACAGACUUUGUCAAUGUAGAGUGGCUCAACUUUGUUUGCAGCAGCUCAGAUAUUGCCCAGGAAUGGUGUUCUGAGCUCCUGAGUUAUGCUAAAAACCUAUUGGCAUUGAAUGGUGGGAUACUGUCCUCUCUAGAGAAAGCUUUCACAAAGGCUAUGACAAUGGUUAACCCAGAUGGCAGGGCACCUGUGAAAAAUAUUAUCAAAAUGGUGGCCCAGAACCGAGAUGAUCGGAGAAGGGUGGAGAAAGCUUUAGAGGCAGCACAUAUUCCCUCAGGAAAGAAUGACACAUUAGAUCCAAACAAGAUCUCCUUUGAAGAUUUCCUGAUGUUUUACCGACACUUAACUGGGCGGACAGAGGUGGACAAAGUGUUUGCAGGAACAGGUGCAAAGAAAAAGCCUUACUUGACUGUGGAGCAGUUUAUGAACUUUCUGAAUCUGGAACAGAGAGACCCUAGACUGAAUGAAAUUCUCUACCCUAAUGUAUCUGUCAAACAAGCCAGUGAUCUCAUCUGCCAGUUUGAAAGCUCCAAGGGAUUGUCUCAAGGUCAGUUAUCACCAGAAGGUUUUCUGAAAUUUCUGAUGAGUGAGGAGAACGGAAUUAUCCCCCCUGAUCAGCUGGAUCUCAGCCAGGAUAUGACCCAGCCAUUGGCCCAUUACUUCAUCAACAGUUCCCACAAUACCUACCUGACAGGCCAUCAGUUCACGAGCAAGUCCUCGGUGGAGAUGUAUCGACAGACCCUAUUGGCUGGGUGUCGGUGUGUAGAACUCGACUGUUGGGACGGCAAAGGAGCAGAUGAAGAACCAAUCAUAACCCACGGAUUCACCAUGUGUACUGAGAUCUCAUUUAAGGAAGUGAUUGAAGCCAUUGCAGAAAGUGCCUUCAAAACGUCCGAGUACCCUGUGAUUUUGUCCUUUGAGAAUCACUGCUCGUAAGCCCAACAGCAGGCCAAAAUGGCUGCACAUUGCAGGAAUAUUUUUGGAGACAUGCUCUUGACAGAGGUUUUGGAGGGACAUCCACUUAAACCCAAUAUUGACCUGCCUAGCCCUGAGGAAAUGAGGAGGAAAAAUCAUUGUAAAGAACAAAAAGAAACAUUUUCACAAAGCCACCACUGUCCCCAUGGAGAGGAAGAUGAAGUCGUAAGGGGCAGUGUGGGUCAGACCUUGAGUAACGCCAGUAGUGGGGCUGGGGAGGGCGUGGAGGCACCCCCUAAGGAGGAGGAGGAAGACAACGCCUCAGACAGUGACUCUAACAGUGACGAUGAGGGUGAGGUUAGCGGGCUGUCUGAGGAGGAGGAACGGAGGAGGCAGAGAGAGCGUAAGGAGAAGGGUACAGCAGGCUCUGAAGCUGAGGCGGCCAUGGAAAUGUCAGCCCUCGUCAAUUACGUGCAGCCUGUACAUUUCCACAGCUUUGAUAUUUCAGAAAAGAGAGCCAGGAGCUAUGAAAUCUCCUCAUUCGUGGAGACACAAGCUACAAACAUUACUGAAAGAUUUCCCGCCAGAUUUUGUCAACAAGCGAGCACUCUGGAGCGUAUUUACCCAAGGAGGUACCCGGAGUGGACUCCAGUAACUGUAUGCCUCAGGUCUACUGGAAUGCUGCGUUGUCAACUUGUAGCCCUGAAUUUCCAAACUUUAGAUCUGGCUAUGCAGUUGAAUUUGGGCAUCUUUGAGUACAACAAUUGUUCCGGGUACAUCCUCAAACCCGACUUCAUGAGACGAGGGGAUCGGCAUUUUGACCCAUUUGCAGAAUCCACAGUGGAUGGGAUUGUAGCGGGUACAGUCACUGUGAGGGUCAUAUCUGGGCAGCUGUUAACGGAUAAACGUGUGGGAACAUAUGUAGAAGUUGACAUGUACGGAUUACCCACUGAUACAGUGAGGAACGCUUCAAGACCAAAGUUUUCCGCUAACGGAAUCAAUCCUGUGUAUGACGAGGAGCCAUUUGUCUUUAAAAAGGUUGUCUUGCCUAACCUGGCUGUGAUACGUAUGGCUGUGUAUGAAGAAACGGGCAAGUUCAUUGGUCAUCGGGUCUUGCCUGUAGAGGGCCUCAGGCCAGGUUAUCGGCAUGUGACCUUACGGAAUGACUGUAACCAGCCUCUGAUGUUACCCACAUUGUUUGUCCACAUCAGUGUACGAGAUUAUGUCCCGGAUGCAUUUGCUGAUUUUGCAGCAGCUUUGGUGAACCCCAUAGCUCAUCAGGAAAAGCAUGCGCAGCAAUUGGCUGUCCUCACUGAGGACUUUGACUACUCAGACGAUGAGGACGAUAUUGUUGACCCAGCCGCAGUAACUCAUGGAGAUGAAGCCAUGAUGACUGCCAGCUCACCAACGCCCUUUGAGGGGCGAUCAGACUCACGAAAGCGCCCAUCCCUCAACAAACGGGUCAACAGCAUCCAAAGCUUGCCAGACAGUGAGAAGGUCAACGGGAACCCCAAGGUCAACCGAACGGGCAGUACUCAUGUUCCAGUCUCCAAGCAGGAGAGCUCCUCAUCUGCCUUCAGCCAGGGAAACGGCUCCUCUAGUGUGGGCAACCCGGUUACAAGGAUGAAAUCUUCUGCCAAUAUGGAGAAUGGCACAAUGGGACAAAGCAUGGUCACUAGCACAAGACUUAAUGACCCUGAGAUGAUCACACCCACCCCACUGGAGGAAUUGAAGCGAAGCAAAGUCUACCUUAAAGCAGAGGCUAAGAGAACGAAGGACGUUGAUAGUCUCAAGAAGAAACAUGAUAAGGAGAGAGAAGUUCAGAAGGAGGCCCAUGCUCUUCAGGAGGACAGAUUCCUGAUGAAUCAGCUAAAGGCACGGACAAGUCUUGAGAAAUCUCACGGCAAACUGAUGAAAAAGGCGUCAAAGUCAGGGAGUGUGACCGAGGCGCAGCAUCAGACCAACACUCAGAUGAGCGAAUUACUAAAGGAGCAAGAGAUCAAGCUGAUUCAAUUCAGACAAACUCAGAUAGAAGAAGUUAUCAAACUGUAUGAAGACCAAUACAGGGAUGAACUGGAUGUUCACCUGCGUCACCAUGAUGCCGUUUACGACGCUUUGAAAUUAGCCAUUGAGCAAAGCCAACUUAUGCACAAGAGGAAACUGGUGGAGGUCCGUGACAGUGAAGUCUUGGAACUGAAGAAACGGAUGGAUGCUCAGAACAGGGAAGAUAUGAAGGUUUUGGCCAAAAAACACAAAGACAGACAGGAGUUGUCCAGGAUAAAGCGCGAGGCCCAACAAAAGCAUAUUACUUUGGCUGUGCAGGAAAUACAGAAGAUGAAGGAUAUCUUGGAGAAAAGAACUGAAGACUUGGAGAAAAAUUUCAAAGACAUUUGGGAUGAAUAUGAAGCAGAACGGCAAAGAGUGCCAACUAAGCUGACAGAGGAGUAUGAGACAAAAUGUAAAAAUCUACAGGAAGAAAUGAAGAACAAAUUGAAGGGUGGUGCAGGAAGUUCUGGUAACCAUGCCGACGCUGUUGGCAACGGCGCAGGUAACCCUGGCAACGGAGUGAAUGGACACGAAGAAAUCACAGGCCUUUAGCUGAGAAAUGUGAAAGAGAAAAGCAAAACCAUGACAUAAAGUUGAAGAGGAUAGUGCAAACUUUGAACUUCAUGUGAAUAGUCUGGCACUCUAAUACCUAUAUAAUGUCACUGUGCUCACACAACCUGCUGGUGGAAUUUCAAGCAGCAAAUUGAACUAGCAAGGUUUAUCAUGCAUUUACCCACAGACUUUUGGCAGAGUUCUGCUUAAACUGGGAACCCUUGUCUCCUAUUUGUGAUAUUAUGUCUUGUAAAUGUCAGGUUUGUCUUCUAUUCUUGGCUGAGAUGAACGUUGUCAAGACAGUCAUGUGUCUCUCUUGAUGAUGAGGCUUGAAUUUACCUUUAUGAGAAGCUCUAGUAGGAGUUACCUCCCUUGUCUGAAGUUCCGAUGUAUAUUCCCUUUCAUUUCUCUGGAAUGAGUUGUUAACGCUAUGAGAUAUUGACGUUAAUUUUACAAAUACCUGUAAGGACAACCUGCCUAUUUACUGUGGAUGCAGUUAUGUGAGAACAGGUACUUCUCACAUUAGUGCAGUAAAUGAGUGUAUUAAGUAGUGUACAGCUCAGUGUACACGUAAUCAAUGAAUCAGGUGGAUUUUUCUUGCAGUGUUUGGAGUAGUCUGUUCUAAUCCAUUUAUAUCCAUAAUCAGAGGAUUUGCAGGGUUGGAUGUAGUUGUAUGUUCUUAGGAAACCCUGGAUUUGUGGGAUUCCCAGUCUUCUGGGAUCUUAAAAUUUACAUGGGAUAACAAGUUGAAAAUGUGAAGUGAAUCUGUGCUUAGGGUUAAGAUAGAUAGAUGUGUACUUGUACGUAUGUUCAACAUAGAUAAUUUCUUGAUAUAGAUACAAGUAAAUUUAUUUGUGGUUAGGUGUAAACUAGAUAUAUUGCACACAACUUACGGAUCGGACAUUUGGCUUGUUGCACAAAGGUGUCACAUAUACGUACCGGAGAAAUCAAAUGGAUCCGUAAAGAUCAAGGCACAAGAAGUUCACAUGAUGCCACUGUGUAAUGUGACAAAUUGCAUAGAAGCCAUGUGGGUUGCAUACAAAAUUUGGACCAGAAAAGAUUAUGACUCCAGGAAUAAAGGUUAAAUGACCUUUUUUUUUAAGUGUUAAUAAGGACUUGGAUUGACAUGUAUGGUUUUGUUUAGUUAUAAUGAGAUAAGAACAGUUUUGGGAUUGGAUCUAAAUAAUAGAUCUGAGACAUUUACAACAUCCAAAUAAAGCUACAGUACCCACAUUUGUGUGAAUUUGUUCAGACAAUUUUUAAUGGGAUUUGUAUCCCUGUGGCAUCAAUAAUUUUGCUGAUUUGUUUGUGUAAUAUGCAAUUAUUGCUAAUAAUAAAAAAUUACCUUGAUUUUAUCAUGGCAAUGUUUGAAAAGUUCCAUAAUUACAACAAGAAAUAGGUUGACAACUUUUUAUCAGGUAUGCAAUUUAAUGAUAUUUAUCUGUGACAAUACUGUAAGCGUGGAAUAGAUCUAGUGACUUUCUGUAAAUUGCCAUUGUUGAAAUAAGACUUGUUACAGGAAUUGUUUUUGUUGAUAUAUAUAUUAUACAUUUAUUGAUCAAUGUUGUGGAAAUUGUUUUGACACUUGUUAUUACCUGCUUGGUAAUUAUAUAUGUAUGGUAUCAUCAGAGUGCGUGGUACCUCUCUGACGAACAGACUGUGACUGUUGAUGUUGUGUUGUACAUUUAUAUACUCACACAUUUUAGUGCCUAUGCCAUUGACCAAUGCAUUCAAGUGUGCACCCAGCCAGUUCUCGUGGAUACUGCCCCUCCCCCCACAUCAUUCAUACAACAUCUACACAGUACACCCUAUACCUCCUCUGGUUUCCUCCACCCAUCAGACUUAUGGCCAUUGUAUAAAAUGAAGCGAAAAUGUUUUGAAUAUGGUAUUGAACAACAGUCAAAGAAAUAAAUAAACACACUUUUACACACAGUAAGUCUCCCACACACUGUGCUUAAACCAUGCAUGGGGAAGAUCAUUUAGACCAAGCUCAAAAUUUCAAAUAUGACUACAGUAAAAGUUUUGAUUGCUGUUCAGUGUGUGGGAUUUGGCUCCACCAUUAUGCACGUAGUAAUAAGAUUGGAAGACACAUGUUGUGCCAUGCAUAGUGAUCAAUAGAUAUACUUAGUGAUCAAUAGAUAGUAAUCAAUAGAUAUGCUUAAGUCUGAGACUGUUUCACGGAAUUCUUUACACAGAGGUGUGCACAUACUUGUGCUUUGUAUGUGUGAACCUUGGUUUGGUCGCCUACCUGCACAAUUGUCUAGAACCAAUCUUAUCAUAAUCAUGUUUUUAGGGCAUCUUAACCGUGAUUUUAAAUGAAAUAAAGCAUUAUCUUCUAAUGUCAUUUAGUACAUUUAAAUAACGGCACAGUUAUAAUGACUAAUAACAUGUUCAUUAUCCAGUAAAAAUGUUUGCAGUGACCUUUUUUAGCAUGUUGUAUUCGGUCUACCGUAUCUGUACAUUCUCGCUGUACAUUUACUCGUACAAUGUUGGUAUAUAUACUUGUGUAUAAGUUUGGCAAACCAUAUGAUAAACUGAUUACACGCUAUUCCCCAGGCUGUAUGGAUAUUUUUAAUCAAGGUAAUUACAGGUUGUCCUGGUGUUCAGUGAAUGGACUCGAGUAUUCGUCACUUCCAACAUGGCAUCACGCUGCAUGACAUUUUCAUCAGUAACUUCAGUUGUAGUUUCAAGGUAAAAGAAAAUGUGUCUUACCUCAGUAUUUAGUGAGGCUGCCUUCCAUAUGUUUCACUUCCUGAAUUCGACCUGUGAUACUUCAAAAUAAAUUUCUGAUGUACUCAAGAGGCAUGUUUGCCACAGGUGGUGGAUUUCAUCGAACAGCUGGUCUCGAUUGACGAUGUCGGUAACCACUGCUUGAAGGUCUCGGUUCAGUCUAAAUCAAUUUUUUUUGUUGAUGUUUAGAUCGUGGGAUUGUGCUGGCUAUUCAGUAGUUGUUAUUUCAUUUUCUUUCUUAAAUUCACGCACUACGCAAGCUCUAUGUGCAGGCGUGUUUUCUUCCAUGAAAACGUAAUCAUCAUUAGGAAAAUUGUGGGCUAUAACAGAACAUAAAUUAUUUUCAAUUAUAUCAAUAUAUUUCUGACCAUUUAUGUUAACAUCUCCCACCACUAAUGUUCCAACACAAUUAUAACAGACACAGCCCCAGACCAUAAAAGUUACCUUCCUCUGAGAUGGCGGGCAGACAAGAUGGGGACUGUUGCCUUCUUUAUGUUAACUGCAUACAUAAACGUGAUUGUCCAUCCUUAUCACAACUUGACUUUCAUCAGAAAAUAUCACAUUUUCCCACUCUUGAUCAUUGGUCCAUUUCCUCUUUCCUUACACUAUUUUACACACUUUUUCUUGUUCACCUUGUUAACCGCCAUUUUCUUCUUUGCAACUUGUUGUUUGUACCCUGCUUUGUGUAAUUAUCUUGAAAGAUUUUUCUGAUAAAAAUUGACAAUCCUUCCCCUCAUUAGCUUGUUGGUGGCAUUUGUCAAACGUGAUCUUCUAUUACAUAUCACAAGCUUAAUAGGAGAUGUGUGAUCAGUUCCUGUGAACAUUUUUCCCCUCCUUCUUCGGGACUUGCUUUCAACAUUACACUCUGUUCAAAGUUUACUUAAAAUACUGGUAAUUGUCGUCCUGGGAAUCCCAAACAUACGUGCCAACUCUGAUUUGUAUGGAGUAUUAAAUGAUGCUUUUACAAUCAUUUUUCUAUCUUCCCCCUACUCAGGUGUUUGUCUUUCUGAUCCAUCUUGUCAAACAGUGUCUACAAACAAACCGUAAGAGCGGACAACAAUAUGAUGUCGUGAAUGUAUUUAUGACAACUUAUAGUCUAUUUCAUAUAACAGGUUUGACAUAUUUCUAUGCUUGUAAAUAGAGCUGAACAUAAACACAUCCACUUGGUGAAGCACAAUGCCGCUAUGUUAUGGAAGUGACGAAUAUUUAUGUCCACUGACUGUAGAUAGCAUCUCGCAGCUAUCUUGCAUCUGGGACGAAAAAAACGUCGUGGUUUCUCCUUGAUUUUACUGUGUGCAAAUUUCACUGUGUGCAUUGGACCAUGAAAUCGUUUUGUUAUAGAUCCACUGUGGCCACAAGUGCAAGUAACAUCAGAGAAUUGUCAGUAAAUCCUGUAUGAACAAGCACCUGAUGUCAGCAAUAACCAGAGAAAGUCUCCCACCUUAUGAAUAACGCCAGUCAGUUUGUGGCUCGCCUCCCUGUUCUCUCAAGGGUUCAUAAAGCAUCUCAGUUUAGCCCAAGCCAGUGUUACAAGUUAGCUAGAUUAUGCGACAGAUAGUAAUUCUCCUCAUCUAGAUAUCCUUUCCUGUCUCUGUGCUCAAUUUUUGUAUGUAAAUAUUGAACACUUGUUAAUUUAUAAUUAAAUAAGUAAACUGUCAUGUUAAAAUUUGUGCAGUUAAAUUUGUUGUUAAAUCAACUGCGCUACUAACCUGUUAUGAACUGGCACAACUGUGCUUUUGGCAACACAGUAUUUAGAUACAUGUACGUGGUCUCAUAGAUAGUACAAGACACUUUAAAACCAUUUUGAAUUUACACUUUUAUUUCUAUGAAAUGUAAUUGAGAAAGAAUAACACAGCAGAUUAAUCAUUUGCUUUUCCUUGAUUGUGGUGUUAAGCAACAAUCUAAUAAAUGAAUGAGUACGUAAAUUAAUACUUUAAUUACUUGAAUUAAGACUUGGUAAGGAAUUGUAAUUUUACAGAUGAUCAGAGCUUUGUUGAGUGCUUUAAGAAGAUAUUGCAAAACCAUACAUUGGUUUUUGAGUAUGAUAUGCUCACGGUAUAACUUUUAGCUAGCAAUACGUAUUGUUUGCCAAAUAUUAUCAUGGCAAUUGAAAUGCAGACUAUAUGGGCCAGCCUCAGUAAAUGUAUGGGCCAGUCUCAGUAGGAUUAUUGCAUAAAAAGAUUAUUUACCUUUGGGAAGUAUGUUAUUUUUAUUUUUUUGUUAAUAUUAGGUGAUAUACUUAUUACAGUGUAAUUAACAUUCAGUGUGUGAACAUAUAUGUACUUCCAUUGGGAAGGGAGACAAUCUGGUAAUUCAGUAAAGGCUAAUCAGGAUUAUUUCAGCUGUAUAUAUAUAUAUUUGGAACCAGAUCUCAUAAUUAAGAUCCCACUUCUUGAUAUACUGUAUGCUGAUUAUUUUAGAUGUUAAAAAAAAAAGAAAUCAACAUUGAUUGUGUAUUUAGUCUGAAAUGCCAGAAUAAAAAGUAUAAGUGAAAAUAAAUUAUGGAACAAUUUAGAGCACAUCUUCUUUAUUAAAUGUUUCAGUGAUGUAUCAGGAAAAAAUGUCAAUUUCAAUAACAUACUAUAGCUGUGGAUUUUAAAAAAGUCUACCUAGGAUUCAUAGAUGUAUAGAAUUUGAUUUAAAAUUGUUAAUAAUUAACCUGUUAUCAUAUGUACAUAAUAUGGUGUGAAAAUGUAAAAAAUCAACAAAAAACAAAACAAAACAAAAAACAGAGAUAUGAAUUCUUGUGUGUAUUGAGAACAAUAACUUUUUCUCCUUGGAGUUGACAACCAUUUGUACAUGUGUCUAGUGAAUGCUCUGUUUCUGAUCUGUGUAUACCUUAGCUAAGUAACGCCACAGUUCUGCAAAUUCCUGCAAUUAACUGCGUGAUGUUUAAGCCAACCUCACAUUCCCUAAUGUAUUAUAUACACAUUACAUGUCACUGUUUCUUUUAGUACUCUAGAUAAACUGUCAUACUUGGUACUUGCAAAACCAUUGUAGACUAUUGGAUGUGAUUUCAAAAGCAAAUUGUUCAAAAAGCGAAUGGAUCAAUGGAUUUGUCUCAAUUUGCAUGAGGCAGACUACUCUCUUCUUUGUUUCUGCUAAUAUACCUAGGAUGGUAAAAGCGUAAGACUGAUACUCUUUUCAGGAAGCAAGUUGAAACGUGUCGAGACAUUAGGUUUUAAUUGUUUUAAGAGCUGGCAUAUUGCUCCAUACUAAAGUGACGUAAUUUACUGAUGAUAAAUGACAAACCUUGUUCUUCAUUUGUGGAAGUUCUAUUGAAGCUAACGAGCCGUGUUCAAGAGAGAUUAUGCUUCAUUGUACAUGUGUAUCAAAUUAAGGGUCAGUGCCCAGUUUCACAAGAUGUCGCACAUGUACAGUAAUCGCACAUAUAGGACAAUGGUACAGUAAAAGUGAUGUACAAAAUAUCAUACAACAAAUGCCGCUUUGUGAAACAGGACCCAGGUCAGUAUACUGAAUUUUCCUUAAUUGGCUGACAGUGCAUUGUGAAGAUUACAGAAAAAAAAAAUGUAGAUAUACUUGAAUAUUGUCUAUUAAUUUUCAACAACAUUUUGGUGAAGGGUGGCAAGGGUUAAACCCAAUACAUAAGACACUUUGAGGCACUGAGUAGCUGCAUGAAUGAUUAAAACAACGUUAACACAAUUUAACAUAAAAGUGGAAUCUUAUUACUGCAGUUUUAAAUGGAUUCCACUUUUUUAAAGCUUUGUACAAAAGUUUUUUUCAUUCAUACCUGACUGACUUCAACAAGCACAAUGUUGUUGUGUCUAUGGAGGAGAAAAGCUGUUUAUGAAGCAUAAUGAGAGCUGCCAGAAAGCCGUGGCAGCGUCCGUGGUGUUUUGAACAUUUUUACAUUUACAUCCAGUCAGCAGAAUAAGUAUGAUUAAUUCAGAUGUGACAAAGUUUAUAUGUCUUUGUGACUCCAGUUGCAGUGUGGCGAUAUACAUGGG